UCAGAAAUAAUGGAAUCUUCGUGAGAUAUCCAAACCACCACCGUCAACCCUCUCAUGUAUUCUCCUCGCUUCCUCUUCCAUCAAAUCAAAUCAAAUCUUCUUAUCGCCAGUAAAAUCUCCAUCUGAAUUAUAAGGCGAAAUCCCUCCCUCUAUUCCCCUCGUGCUUGAAUUUGAUAGUGCGCUGCCUGCGACUUUAUCGGUUUUGUUAUUUUUUUUUGUUUGUUUUUGGUUCGCGUUGGUUGCGAAGGAAGGAAGUUUCGGAAAUGGCGAUCGAUGACAACGAGAGCUGCGGCAGCCGCGCGAUGGAGCCGUCGUCGCCGAAGCACAUCUGGCAGCAGAGGCAACGCUUCGAAGUCUUCUCCGAAGUGCUCAGCCGGCUCCGCGAUUUGAAUCUCGACGACGUCAACCUCCCCGGCUUCGAGGACCAGCUCUGGCUUCAUUUCAGCCGCUUACCUGCAAGAUAUGUAUCGGAUGUGAAUGUUGAAAGAGCUGAAGAUGUGCUCAUGCAUAAAAGAUUGCUGAAUCUAGCUGAGGACCCCGAUAACAGACCCGCAUUCGAAGUCCGCCUUGUGCAGGUUCAUCCUAUCCACCAAGGAGGUUCGGCAGAUUCCAUUAAAAUGAUUUCUGCAAUGAAAGAUGAAGCCCAAAGUUUCCACCCCCCUCCAACGUUUGGUUCAUCACCUAAUCUUCAAGCCCUUGAACUCCAUGACAACAAUGAUCAUCAUAAUGAUCCUGAAAGUGAUAUCAAUUCAACUUCAGGGACUCUCAGGCCUAUGCAUGAGAUCACUUUUUCAACUGUGGACAAGCCAAAGCUUCUCUCUCAGUUAACUUCUAUACUUUCUGAGGUUGGACUCAACAUUGAAGAAGCCCAUAUCUUUUCUACUACUGAUGGCUUCUCCCUAGAUGUCUUUGUAGUUGAUGGAUGGCCUUAUGAGGAAACUGAGAUGCUCAGGGGUGAGAUACAAAAGGAAAUUUUGAAGACUAAGGAGCAACCACAACUCAUCCCAACUCCUACUGAUGAUCAGAACCAAACACCGCCAGAAUCUAAUUCCGAAUGUGUAAAGAUACCUACAGAUGGAACUGAUGACUGGGAAAUUGAUGCACGCCUGUUGAAAUUUGAAAACAAAGUUGCAUCUGGUACAUUUGGAGAUCUAUAUAAAGGCACAUAUUGUAGUCAGGAUGUGGCCAUUAAAGUCCUUAAGGCAGAGCAUUUGAAUGUGGACAUGUUGAAAGAGUUUUCUCAGGAAGUCUUCAUCAUGAGGAAAAUCCGGCACAAAAAUGUUGUCCAAUUUAUAGGUGCAUGUACACGGCAACCAAAUCUGUGCAUUGUGACUGAGUUCAUGUCUAGAGGAAGUGUGUACAGCUUCUUGCACAAACAAAAGGGGAAUUUUAAGCUUCCUACUCUGCUCAAGGUUGCAAUCGAUGUUUCCAAAGGAAUGAGCUAUCUUCACCAAAAUAAAAUUAUUCACCGGGAUUUGAAGACUGCCAAUCUUUUGAUGGAUGAGCAUGGAGUUGUCAAGGUGGCUGAUUUUGGGGUUGCCAGAGUGCAGGCUCAAACUGGAGUCAUGACUGCAGAAACUGGAACAUAUCGUUGGAUGGCUCCUGAGGUAAUUGAGCACAAACCAUAUGAUCACAAAGCUGAUGUUUUCAGCUUUGGAAUAGUUGUGUGGGAACUUCUUACUGGAGAAAUUCCAUAUGCCUUCCUAACACCUUUACAAGCAGCCCUUGGUGUUGUGCAACAGGGGCUACGGCCAACAGUCCCCAAGGAUACACAUCCUAAGCUUGUUGAACUUCUCGAAAAAUGUUGGCAACCAGACCCAAAUCAAAGACCCGAGUUUUCAGAGAUUUUGGAGAUUUUGCUGCGAAUUGCCAAGGGGGUUGGAGAUGAUGGAGAAGAAAAACACAAGGAGAAAUCAAUUGGUAGCUUUUUCCAUUCCUUUAGAAAGGGCCAUCACUGAGCUUUUUGGCAUUGGAAAAUCAACUAUUAAGUGUACAGCUUUUCUGCCACAACUUCGGUGUUUCCAUUUAGGAUAUAAAUUAUGAUAGAAUGCACCAAUUUCAGCUUACAAUUCUUGUCUUUCUAUUUGUGAAUUGAUUCGUUGUAUAAGCUGGUCUCUCUAAAUUCAGCAAUUUCGAACAGAAUACUCUUUAUGACUAAACUCAACCAUCUAAUUUGCUAAUCUUCAUACUGAAUGUUUGCUUC